AUGUCUGAGGCAUAUGAUAUGGUAGUGGUGGGAUCGGGGUGGUUUGGGCUGGGUGCUGCCAGGGCGUACCUCGAGACUCACCCCAGUGAGAAGAUCGUCGUAUUCGAGUCCAACGAGAGUGUCGGUGGAACAUGGUCAGAGCACCGACUGUACCCGGGCCUGAAGUCCAACAACAUGGUCGGCAGCUACGAAUUCCCGGACUUUCCAAUGAGUGAAGAGGUCUACGGUGUCAAGGCCGAAGGGCACAUCCCUGGUGCGGUUCUACACCGCUAUCUCACUGACUUCUCUCGUGCAUACCGCAUACACGAGCGCUUGCAAUUCCAGACGACAGUUCAACUAGUCGAGCCCACGACUUCAGGAUGGAGACUGACGGUAGAGUCGCCUCAGGGCCAGCGUCAGGUCGAAACCGCCAGGCUUAUUCUGGCGACGGGCUUGACGUCGACGCCUAACAUGCCUGACUACAAAGGGAGCGACAGUUUUGGAAAGCCGCUCUUCCAUGCCAAAGACUUCUGCACACGGGCACCAGAGCUUGAGGGAUUGAAGAACGUCGUCGUAGUGGGUGGCGCGAAAUCAGCCUACGAUGUCGCCUACGCAAUGGUCGAAGGCGGGGCAGAGGUCGAUCUGAUCAUCAAGCCCGAGAGCACCGGGCCAGUGUGGAUUGCACCACGUAAAGUUACCCCUCUGAAGCAUCGGACUGACACAAUUCUCAACGUCCGCUUCAUGUCGUGGUUUAGCCCCUGCCCUUGGGGUGCCGAGGACGGGUACGGCGCUGUUCGUCGGUUCCUGAACAAGACGUUCAUUGGGUGUGCAUUGACUCGGGGCUUCUGGAGCUUAAUAGGCAAUGACAUACUUCAAGAGCAUAAGUAUGACAACCAUCCAGAGCUCAGCAAACUGAAGCCCUGGAACUCUGUCUUCUGGAUUGGCAGUGGUCUAAGCAUUUACAACUACAAUACCAGUCUUUUCGAUAUGGUACGCGCCGGGAAGAUCCGGGUCCACAUUGAGAAUGUCGACCACUUAGAAGCGGGAAUAGUUGUGCUCGAGAGCGGGCAGUCAAUCAAGGCCGACGCCAUUGUAUGCUCCACAGGAUGGAAGAAGGAGUCCACCCUCAAGUUUGCCGGGCUAGACGAACAAGCUCUUGGGCUUCCGUUUUCGGAGGAGCUUCAGACAAAACUCAACAGAGAGUUUGACGGGCGAAUCCUUGAGGACUUUCCCAUCCUCAAGGAUCAGCCUCAGCUACGAUUCCAGCGCAGGCCGGCCGAGCCGCUGCGAUAUUACCGCUUCAUGGUCCCUCCAGGCCAGCUUAAAAAGCGGAACAUCGCCUUCGCCGGCAUGAUCUCAUCAGUCAGCACAGCUAUCUGCGCCACUGCCCAGGGCAUCUGGAUAUCGGCGUUCAUGGAUGGCAAGCUUGAGCGUGAAGCGAAGACACAGGAGGAGAUCACUCAGGAAAUUAUGUUGCAUACUCAAUGGGGCAAGUGGCGGUAUCCAUGCGGCUACGGUGCCAGCCUUCCGGAUCUUGUCUUCGAAGGCAUCCCCUACACUGAUAUGCUGCUGAAGGAUCUUGGUAUCAAGAGUCAUCGCAAGCCCAGCCUUUACAAGGAGCUGACUCAAGCGUAUGCACCGGCCGACUACAAUGGUGUGAUGGACGAAUGGAAGGCGAAGUCUGGAACGAAAACUUGGAAUAGCUAG